AUGUGUGUUACCUUCACCACCACCAUCUGCAGUGGCUACUGUGAGACAUUGGACCCUCUGUUCAAGACAGCUCUCUCCUCAUUUAAACAGCAAAUCUGUACCUAUAAAGAGAUCCGCUAUGACACCAUCAAACUUCCAGACUGCUUGGCUGGCACAGAUCCGUUCUUCACCUACCCUGUGGCAUUGAGCUGUGACUGUGACCACUGCAAAAUGGACUAUAGUGACUGUACAGUGGAGAGCAGUGAACCCGAUGUUUGCAUGAAGAAUCGCAUAUCCAUUUGA